GCACCUGAGUAUGCGUGCGCGUGCGCGUGUCUAAAAAUGAAUCCCUCCUUUAAGGGUCGGGUUGAUGGGCAUUGUAUUAUGCUACAACUCAGCAUAUUGUCAGGCUGUUCUAAAGUAGCGGCCCGCCUCCAGCAUAGCACUAACAUUAACCGAAAGUAAGAUGUUUCUUCUCAUGAAGAGCUGCGACCUCCGGCAGGAAAGAAGCUGACUGAAGCUCACUGCUGCUCGGACUCCACUAGACUCUGACGGUCAGUCAUUGCAAGUUUAAAAAGCUCAUCAGAUCCUUCAGUGACAGUCCGUCAAGGACAGAUGGCUGAGCAGCUAACCCUCCAGAAGUUUGUGAUGAUUUUGAUAAAUCUUGAUUAAAAGCAACAUGGAGUCUGUAAGAGGACUGAGCCGCAGAUGAACAACCAGAAAGGCGUCAGGGAUGGAGGAUCUGCCAGUGAAAAGUGGAGGAACUGGUGCAACGGGUGGUCAAGAGGAGGAUUCUCCUUGGUAGGAUGGUCAGAGACAAUCACGAUAGAACAGUAGUACAAGGCCAAAAGCAGAGCUGCGCAGCUGAGACACAGAACCAAAGUCAACCCGCUGAAGAACCCGCAGGACCAGAACGAGCCCAGAGCCCAGAGAGCCAAGCGCCGACAGAGAGGCAACGAGAUUUACUGCACUGGAAAGAACUCAGCGUCGAGGAAGAAGCUGAAACCUGGUGCCAGCCAGUCACUGGAGCUGAUGCUGCGAGCUUGCCCACACACCUCCGUCCAUUCAGCAGCGCAGCAGAGUACAAACUAGUGAAACAGACUUACCAGCGGCUCCAACACAGUGGUUACUACUGGGGAUCCAUGACCAUGGAGGAGGCACACGAAAUACUCUCACGGGCACCCCUGGGUACCUUCCUCAUCAGAGACAGCGGCCAGCCGGAUGUUUUCUUCACUCUGAGUUACCAAAGCGAUGACGGCCCGACUAGUGUUCGUGUCCAGCUGAACAACCUGCUCUUCAGUCUGUACGGCAGCCACAGGACUUUUGCUUCACUCUUUGCUCUGCUCACUUAUUACACCAGCUCAUCCUGUAAGCUGACAGUGCCCUAUCGCAAGCAGCGUCCGGAGCGCCUGAAGCAGAUGUGCAGGAGGGCUCUCAUGGGCUCUUAUGGAGCAGAAAAUAUAAGCACCUUACCUGGACUCAGCACUCAAGUUAAAGACUAUGUUAAUGCGUACCCUUGUUGUAUAUAGACAUGUGUGGACAGAGUGCCUGUCGUUGGUGAUUUAAGUUAAACAAAUAUUCUGUAUUUGUGUUUUUUUUUAUUUUAUUUUAUAAAUAACACAGACACAGUUUAAGUAUUUGAUCUGCAAGUUGUUGACGAGUUAUUUGCACACAUUGUCAUUGUUUUUUUUACAAAGAAUUUAUGGUACAAUUUUCCAUGAUCCAUAUCAGUUGUAACGUCCAUAAAAAUGUAAGAUUUGCUGCUGUUUAAAGGGGGGCACAAAAAACAUCAAAAGAAGCUGAAAUAUCACCAACUCAGCAUGUUUUGGCUGAAAUAUUAACAACCGUUUGUUUCUGGCCACAUGAGGAAUCAAAGUCUAACAGAAGCCACGAGUUGCCCGAGUUCCGAGCUUGGAAAUCCGAGUCAGGGGGCAUGUUCCCGACUUUGACCUCGGAAAAUCCUGGUUCUGAGUUCAAAUAGAACACACUAUAAUUUUCAUGAGAGAGCAACAGGUUGUUUUUUUUUAGAUUAUCACUAAAUUAGAGCCCAACGUCUACAUAUUUUGUAAUUAAUUUAAUCUCAGUAUUCUGUUAACAAUAUCUGCAGUAUUAUUGAAAUAUGCACGCCUCAUUUGAAUGAAGGUAUAAUAAGUCAAAAUAAUUAACCUGUUAAAAUGAGAAAACUAUUUUGUUAUUCCAAGACAACGUGAUAAAGUAGUGCAUCCACAUUUGCUCUCAGCUUCUGUAGUUUUGGUCUCCACCACCUCCUAAAAAAUAUCUGUUUCUUGCUAACUUAUUUUCCUAGCUAGUGAGCAGAGGUGUCAAAAGUAUUCACAUUCAUUACUCAAGUAGAAGUAUAGAUACUAGGGUUUGAAAAGACUUCUGUAGAAGUUGAAGUAUCAACUCAAGCUUUUUACUCAAGUAAAAGUGUAAAAGUACUGGUUUCAGAACUACUUAAAGUAUAAAAGUAAAAGUAAUGUAAGGGGGAAAAAAUGCCAAAAAGGACAAACGCUUAGCCCGCCCCACAGAGGCCUAAUAGUGCACUACCCCACCUACACAAAAAAACAUAUUUUCUAAAGGCCAUAAUGACUCUAAUAAUGUUAUAUUAAAAUCAU